AUGUUUCAUUCCAGUCAUCCUCAAAGCCUUCACACGUCCGUUUCGCGUUACCAAUGUCUAAAAAAAAAUUAAAGUUGACAAAUGAGUUUUUUUCAGGAACGAUCAACCUUCUGAACACAGGAUCGGCGGAUAAUGUGAUGAAGAAGAUCGCUCUGUACCCACCGCCUGGCGAUAAUAGUGUCCCGGUUCGUUUUUGGGAAUUUGGAGAAGAUUGAGAAUAAUUUUUGGCCUUGAUAUGUUUUUUCAUAGUCCUGUAGAUUUCGUGCUCAGAAUUUCCAAUCAAGUGGCUUUCAGAAGCCGAAAGACGAAGACAUGGAGGACGAAGACGAGGUCACCAACUGUGUGGAAUGCGCGGCGAUGGCCCCUUCGCAUCCUUGGUUCGCCGUCGGCCGCAACGACGGCUCUCUGUGCGUCUACGAGGUGGACUCGACGACGCCGAGGUCCAUCUUCCAUGCUCCGGAGGGACAGGCAUGACCUUCUGAACCACCCGAGAGACUGAAGGAUUUUCCAGGCGAUCGUCAAGGUGGUCUGGUCGAUGGAGGGCAACGCGCCGUACAUCACCUGCGGGUCCAUCGACGGCACCGUCAGGGUUUUCGACGCCCGGGAUAGCUCCCUGGUUAAGGUGAGUAGCGAAAAUAAGGACAGUUUUUUCAUAACGCUUUGAAAUUUUGUGACCGCAUCUGGAAUGGCUUGACGCGUUACGGUCAGAAUUUUUUCUCAAGAUUUUUACGGUGCUUUCCAAUCCCCCUCCGCUCAAGCUCUUUCUUAACGGCUGCGCCUUGAGCCAUUCCAAGUGCGACCAUUAUCUUCCAAAUGGACAUUUUAAAAAAAGGACAGAUUUGAAUAGUAGAAUUUUUCGAAACUUUAUUCUUUCGAAUGUAAUUACUUUACACGGAUUUGAACGUCUUUUUAAUAUUGAAUUUAUUCUAAGAGCUUCAAUUCUUUGAAUGCCGAGUCCUAAGACCACAUUACGUUUGGAUCCUUGUAAAUAUAAAUAAGCGCUUUACGCCCUCAAAAAUGCGGCUUUAACGUCGUCCCUAAUGCGAAUAUUCUCCUUUCAAUCUCCUUUUGAGCUUUUUCCCAUGUGAAAAAGAAAUCUGUCGACGUGAAAGGCUACUUUACUAAUAACGCAUGAAUCCGGUCACUGUCAAGCCUCCCAAGCUUAAAAAAUGCGACUAAUCUUCUAUUUUCAAUAUAAAAAAAGAACCCACGUGUCACCCAUGAUAUAGCUAAUAACAGGCAUUGGGAGGAUCUCGAGAGACUUUUUUCUUGACCGCGAAACGUCUCGUUAAUCGGUCUUACGGUAUUAACGGAUUGGGAAAGAAAGGCAGCGUAUUAGUGCGUGGUGGACUAAUCUUUGAGCGAUUCUUGAUCCGUUGGGAUUGGAUAUUUCCGGCGAUUGUACGAGGGUUUUUGAGAUAUAUUGAAGAUUUGAUGGAUUGAAGGAAAUUGAGCAUUUCUGCGCUGAAAAUAUUUGAAAAGAAAUCUCCUAAUGCAACACAAUUCGAAUCUUUUUUAUUCAAAAAGGCAUUCUUAUCAAGAGAAGUAGACGAAAAUUGAUGAUUUUCAUAAAUUUAUAGGGAAAAGCUGAAUAUUUCGACUUUAAGAGCACUUCUCAAAACCUGUAAAAUUGAAGAGAAACUUGAAAAAAAAUUUUCAUAUAGUGCGAUGAAAAAUCGUUUUUGGAUUUGAAAGUAUCUAUAGAGAUUUAGAAAUUUUCAAAUUUCAAAAUUUUUCUCUUCGUAAAUUAGUUAGGUUAUUUUUUAUCGAAGAUGCUAAAUUUAGAAGCUUUAUUGAAAAAGAAAAGCUGUUAUGCUUGGAAACAACUAGACCGAGUUCAGUUCUGGGAGGAUUAUACCAGAAAAAUCAUAAAUUUGAGGAAUUUAAAGGAUCUGAAAUGAGAACUGAAAUUUCAAAAAUGCACCACUAUUCUUUGCCUUGAAGACUGUUGCUUUUGUUAGAUAUUCAUGAUUUUUUUUUUGUUAUGCCGUGUUCAAUUUGAUUCCGCGAAAUUCAAAAUGAUCACUGACUCUGCAAAAUUUAGUGAUAUUUUCCUUUCUCUAACGGAUAUUUUGCAUUUCGCGGAAUCAAAUUGAACACGGCAUUAAAAAUUGAAAUAUGAGGGCUCUACGGAGAAAAGUGACCGCAUUUCAUCAAUUUUUAUUAAAAUUAUUCAAUUUUCAGGAGCUCGGCAACGGCGGCGACGAAGUUUUGGACCUUCUCGUGCUCCAAUCGAACCCCCUGCGAAUUAUGACGGCUGGAAGUGCCGGAAUCGUCCGAAUCUUCGAUUUGGACUCUUUUUAA